CCCGGUGACCCACAUUCUUAUCUAACGCUGUGUGUUAGCUAGCUAGCUCCAGCUAAAAGUGGGCUGACAUACAUACAUACAGUACAUUGUUGCAGACGAGUUAAAUGCUCGCCGCGUUGCAUUUUAAAGUCGACAACCAGUGGAGAAAAUUACGGGAAUCUGUUAUUUCACGGACGGAGACUCUUGGACGGCGUGUGUCAUGUGUCGCAGUGAAGAAUUCAGAUAAGACGUAACCACGGAGCCAUGUGUCAUGAGGUGAAGCGGCCGUCUCAUUAACCAUCAUUCAAAGACAGAAGACUCUGAUGUUGCGGCCAUGUGCCACAUGUACACCCGAAGCAGGCGAAAAACUCCGUUCUCUGAGGAACAGAUAUCAACUUUCUGCCCCUUGACUGAAGUAACUUUCAGUGACUCUCCUCCAAGGCUCCCGGAGGCCCACCCCUACCACAGUGUGUCCACUCUCCUCUCAUCUACUAGCACCUUCCUCAUCCUCUCACAGCACUGGCUAUACUGUCAGUAAGGUUCAUUCACAAAUGUCUACCUCACGAUUGAAACACCCCUCUCCAACACUGCGACCCUGAACAGGAUACAAAAUGACCUCGAGCAUUGACCGGGAUGACGGAAGUAUCUUUGAUGGGUUAAUGGAAGAAGAUGAAAAGGAUAAAGCGAAACGUGUGUCCCGUAACAAGUCUGAGAAGAAACGCAGAGACCAGUUCAAUGUCCUCAUCAAGGAGCUGGGCACCAUGUUGCCGGGCAACACCCGGAAGAUGGACAAGUCCACUAUUUUACAAAAAAGCAUCGACUUUCUGCACAAACACAAGGAAAUCGCUGCUCAGUCGGAGUCAACUGAGAUCAGACAAGACUGGAAACCUCCUUUUCUUAGUAAUGAAGAGUUCACUCAGCUGAUGUUGGAGGCAUUAGAUGGAUUUUUCCUUGCAAUUAUGACUGAUGGAAAUAUAAUCUAUGUCUCUGAGAGUGUGACAUCUCUACUAGAACAUUUACCUUGUGAUCUUGUGGAUCAAAACCUGUUAAACUUCCUGCCUGUGGGGGAGCACUCAGACGUGUACAAGGCCCUGUCCUCUCACGUCAUGGAGGGAGAGACGCUGACGCCCGAAUAUCUGAAAACAAAAAAUCAGCUAGAGUUCUGUUGCCACAUGCUUCGAGGGACAAUCGACCCCAAAGAGCCCCCUGUGUACGAAUACGUCAAGUUCAUUGGAAACUUCAAAUCCCUGAAUAAUGUGCCUAACUGUGCCCGAAACGGUUUCGAGGGAGUGAUCCAACGAUCGCUUCACUCUGCCUUUGAAGACAGAGUGUGUCUCAUAGCAACUGUGAGGCUAGCCAAACCCCAGUUCAUCAAGGAGAUGUGCACUGUAGAAGAGCCUAAUGAGGAAUUCACCUCCAGACAUAGUUUAGAGUGGAAAUUUCUCUUCUUGGAUCACAGAGCUCCACCCAUCAUAGGUUAUCUUCCAUUUGAGGUCCUGGGUACAUCUGGAUAUGACUACUACCAUGUAGAUGACCUGGAGACCCUAGCCAAAUGCCACGAACACUUAAUGCAAUAUGGCAAGGGGAAGUCUUGCUACUACAGAUUUCUCACUAAAGGGCAACAGUGGAUUUGGCUCCAGACCCAUUACUACAUCACGUAUCACCAGUGGAACUCAAGACCAGAGUUUAUCGUCUGCACACACACUGUUGUAAGUUAUGCUGAAGUGAGGGCGGAGCAGCGCAGAGAGCUUGGAAUUGAAGAAUCGCGACCCGAGAUCACGGCCGACAAGCAGCAGUCCCAGGAUUCAGGCUCAGAGUCCCAGCUCAACACAUCCAGCCUGAAGGAGGCUUUAGAGCGCUUCGACCACAGCCGGACCCCCUCGGCCUCAUCUCGCAGCUCACGCAAAUCCUCACACACUGCUGUAUCUGACCCAGCCUCACAACAGAUGAAGCUUCAGGGAGAUAGGGGUACACCGGGUCGGCAGUCUGUCUCUGCCGUGGAGAUGACGUCACAACGGAGAUCAUCUAUCAGCAGUCAGCAGUCCAUGAGCUCUCAAAAUACAGGGCAGACCAUGGCACCAUCCAUGGUUUCACAACAGCAGCAGCAACAACAGCAGCAGCAGCCGCAACAACAACAGGUUCAGACCAGCAACCAGUCGAUGGUGCAGUUCUCCAGUCAGUUAGAGGCCAUGCAGCACCUGAAGGAGCAGCUGGAGCAGAGAACCAGGAUGAUUGAGGCCAACAUUCAGCGGCAACAGGACGAGCUCCGACAGAUACAGGAGGAGCUGCAAAGGGUUCAGGGACAGAGUCUGCAGAUGGAUGGAGUGCUGCAAAAGGUUGAGUUGAAUGAGGGAUGUUUGUCUCAGAUGUUCUUGCAGAAAGGAGCUGGAGGACUAAACCUCAACUCUGUUCAGAUGGCCCAAGGGAACACUGUGCAGCAGGGGGGGACUCUUAGCAUGCAGGGCCAGGUGGUCUCUGCAGGGACGCUACAGAACAGCAUACAGCAACAACAUGGUGUCCAGCCCCAACCCCAACAGCAAACACUAUCACAGUCUCAGCGGUCAUCUCUCACUCUGCAGCCUCAACAAAAUCCACUGCCUGCCUCUCUCUACAACACAAUGAUGAUCCCUCAGCAAAGCCCUGCUAAUGUGGUCCAGAUCGCCACAAGCCUGGCACAGAAUACAGGACCCAGCGCUCCUGCUGUGGCAACAUUUGCUCAGGACCGUUCUGGCCAGAUUAGGUUUCCUACAGGUCCUCAGCUGCUCACCAAACUAGUGACAGGACAGAUGACAUGUGGGGCAGUCAUGGUCCCCACAACCAUGUUUAUGGGCCAGGUGGUGAUGCCCUUCGCUCCUCAGCAGCAGGGCCAGACACAGACAAUCAGCAUUUCCCAACAGCCUCAGCAACAGCAACAGCAGCAGCAGCAGCAGCAGCAGCAGGAUCAGCAGGUACAGCCACAGUCACAGGUGACAACCAUGCAGCCAGGACAGGCUGCACUGACCCAGCAGCAAACGCAGUUCCUACAGGCCCCUCGACUCCUCCAUGGAAACCAGUCCACCCAGCUGAUACUGCAGGCAGCUUUCCCUUUGCAGCAGCAGGGUACCUUCACUGCCACAGCUCAGCAGCAGCAACAGCAGUUACAACAGCAACAUCAACAACAGCAGCAGCAGCAGCAGAAGCAGUUACAACAGCAGAAACAGCAGCUUCAACAACAACAGCAGCAGCAGCAGCAGCAGCAGCAGCUGGCCCCUCACAGAGCCGACAGUUUGUCCGAUCGCUCUGCUACACAACCGCAGUAGCUGCUGGCACCGAUCACAAGUGGAGUUAGCCACAUUCAGGCACGGGUGUCUUUGCGAUGGGAGCCUAAGGAGGAGUUCUGCUGUAAGUGCAGCACUGAGACCCUGCCCCGGAGGCCGAGAAGCGUUGGGAAGGCCAGGCUGUGGCUUCCCUUCUCUCAGAAGGAUCUUUUGCUGUUUUCACUUAACUCCUGAUCGCAGCAGAGGACUAAGGACUGGGCUCGCUGCAGCUCUGGCUGUAGGUUUUGGCUCCGAGUUGAAGCCUUCCCUUCAAGACAACAGGGAGCCGCAAUUCCUGCGACGACCCCCCCCCCCCCCCCCCCCCCCCCCCCCACUCCUCCCCCCCCAGCCCUCUCAUUGCGUCUUUAGUGUGUGUGUUCUCUAAUCACCCUCACAGGAUUAUUUCAUACAGAGUUCUCCUUUCAAUCAGUGAAGAUCUUCACUUCAAGGACAGAACAGCCAGAAUAUGGUUUGUUUUGGAUGUUUUCUCCUAUAAAAAAAUAAUUAUGGGUCAGAAAAUAUUUUUAAGAAUGUGGUGUAGAUUGAACUUUUACUGUACAGAAUAUCACGUGUAAUAUAUAAUGUAAAUAUACUGAAAAAGAAAGAACUAAUAUUUUAUAUGAAGCAUGAAAUGAAAUGCAUAGUCUGUUAUUUGCAGCUUUGAAUAUGCUUUUUUUCUAGUACUCAGAAAAAAAAAGAUCUUAAAGUGCUCAGUGGCUGAUAUUUUCAGACUUCCUUUCUCCUAGAGGAUGUGUUUUGUGCGUCUGCAUAGCAGACAGUGACGAUGCUGUUUGUUGUGUCACAGUUUGUUUAAUCCUUGAGCUAUAUUUUCACAAACAUUUAUAAAAUGGUCAAAAUUAUAGACAAAAGUAUUUUAAGCUUUUUCAGACUUGCUUAAAACCCAAACACAGGCAACUCUACAGUCAACGUUGAGUCAGAUAUUGUGAAUGAAAUAGAGACUUAAUAGAUGCAUUCAACAGUAAGAUUCACCAACAAAACCAUUUAUAUCAUUAUUUAUUCAUUUUUACCACUUCAUGGGGCUCUUCCAUUAACCAGACACCCAUAAUGUUUUGUUCACUCGGACAUUAUUCAUUGGAUUAUAAAACAUUCGACCUGUUGCAAAGUGAAAUGAUGUGUGCUAGCAUGUGUUUAAUCAAAUGAAUUCCUCUGUGGCAUACUGAUCAUUCAUGCAGUCUUGAGCACCUCAUUAUUAUUAUUAUUAUUAUUUGUCCUGAAGAUCACACAACAGACUUGUUGGCAGUUUAUCAGCUUCUCCUGUACCAUGUUCAGCAGAUUCAUCGUUAUUUAUCUGCUGACUUAUGCUCAGCUGGUAACGCACUAUUCCUUUGCUUUUCAGAUCUUAGACUACGGUUGACUACUGGAUGCAAAGGUAACUCAAAGAAAGUAUUCAGAGUGAGCGCAAACAGUCAAAUACUGAAAGAGAAAAGAACGAGCUGAAAGUGGUUCCCAGCUGAACGGUAGCGCUCCGUAUAUUUAACACUCAACUCAAUUAAAAACAAAGCAGUGAUGUGAGCCACUGAAGACACACAUCUGAUACAGGACACUGUGUACCUGCCAGCAUUUAGGUUUUCCCCCCAUCUUCUGUCUUAAAUUCAACCCUUCAAACUUUGAUCAGUACCCUGGUGAUAAGAAAAUGAAAUGGAAGCCGCUUAUAUUUGCAAGCCUGGUUUUUAGGUGUAACAUCGACCUGCCCUGACAUUUUGUCAACGGCUCAGUCGGCCAACUUAUUCAUGCUGCAAUCGGCUGCCUACGCACUGAAUAUAGCUGCGCACCCACACCUUGAAUCAGGUUGACGGCUUCCAAGUAGAAAGUGACAGAUGGGUUGAAAUUAGUUUCAACAGCUGACGGGGCAACUUGUAUAAUGUCAGACAAACAUACACUGAUCAGGCAUAACAUUAUGACCACCUUCCUAAUGUUGUGUGGGUCUCCCUUAGUAGUGCAUCCAAAACUAUUGUAGCUCAUCAGAGAAUGGACACGGGUCUUCUGAUAGUGUCCUGUGGUGUCUGGUAACAGGAUGUUGUUAGUGGGGGCCUUUGGGUCCUAUAGGUUGAGGGGCGGGGACUCUGAUACCUGAUCAGUUUGGGAUCUAGUGAUUUUGGAGGCCAGGUCAACACUUUCUGCUCAUGUUUUCUGAGUUUUUCCUAAACAUUUUUGUGUGUGUGUGCCCGCGUUGGGCCGCAUCAUCUCAACAAAAUCAGAGGGCACUUAAAGAUGGCGGGGAAAAACUAGAUUAUUGUCAGGUAUGGACACUGUUGGACGAGGCCAAAUCCACCAAAACACACUCAGGAUUUCCACAUUUUCUUGAAUUGUUUGAACACACCUAUCUUCAGUCGAGCUAAAGAUGACAUUGAAGAAGCAACGAUGUCAAUGCAGACAGAGACCCUCAUCCUCUGCACAUUCUGCCUUAGUGGGCAUGCCUGGCAGCCUGCUCACCAUCUGAUAGGACUCACUGGCAGAUGGAAGCGAGCUGACAGCUCAGCCUCUUCUUCUUCUUCUGUGUGAAGUGAUGGCAACACAUGGCCACAAAGCCAGUCUGUGACCUUUGUCUGGUAAUGCCGUGCACACUUAUAGCAUCUCCUAAAUCUAGAGUACAGUGUUCAUCGUGGAAAAAAAAUAAAUAAAUAAUUUUCUGCUUGGGAUAUUUGAUCCAUGAGCUGGUACACACAUAAAGCCUUUACAAUAGAUCAAAGUAAUCAGCUAUCACACGCUGUUGUUUCUACUGUCAUGAUAUUGUAAUUAAUCGGUUUAACUCCAGUUGUCACCUGAAAUGCAUCUAUUUCAAAGCAGUUUUGUUGGCUGAGGUUGUCAUUUCAUAUCUAAUCCUCUUAUUUAUUCGUUACCAGCUCAUAUGGAGUGUGUGGUUUGUCUGUCUCCAACACGUCCGUCAGUACGUUCUAACCAGCCUCUCAGUAUGGUUCAUUCAUUCAUUCAAGUUUUCAUACAUCUGUUAGGGACAGUAUAAAAACCCUUGGGGCGGUGGAGGUUGGUGAACCUAAUCUCUCAAUUGAACCUUGAUUUCAAUAUUAAACUUUUAUCGGAGCAAUAAUUUCUAAUAAAACACACAUUACAACUUACAACUACAUGCUGGAGUUUUGUUCUAAUUCAGACUAAAGGAGGAAUCACUGUAUUCUACAUAUACACAUAGGCAAAUUUCAGCUUUAAAAUCCUGCACAGCAUGUUGCUCACGGACUAUUCUGAUGUUUUCCGUGAUUAUAGUUCUCAAUAAUCAAAUAGAAAUCUGGGUUAAUAUUAAAGACCCUCUUUUGUGCUUGCGAAAAAUUACAGACCACCACCUCCUCCUCCUCUUCUGAACCCAUUAACACUUUUCAAACAGCCACUUGUACCUGUGUUUUCCACGUAAAGCUGCCUGAGCUGGCCACAUGCACUUUCCCUCUUCCUUGAGAUCAGUGACGGUACUGAAACACAUAUCAACAUUUAAAUAAAACAACAGUUCUCUCUUAUCAACCCCCUGUAGAGUGGAGGUUGCUCCUUAGGUGCCGCGAGCAGCCUCCUGGAGGGUGAUACCAAUGGUGCAAUAUACCUACAAGAAUGUAUGAAAUAUCAUUCACAUGAGUAUUUUGCAUGAGGAGGUGAACAGCCGUUAGGAAUUUUGCACAAUGUACAGUACGAUAGCAAAUACAGUAAAUAAAUAAGAGAACGUAUUAUUUUUCUAUCGCUAGAAUAAAGCUUAUGGAGCUAGCAUAUAUAUUUAAAUGAAAUCUAACAAAAUCUGCACUGCCUUUAAAUGUUUGAGCUAAAAAAAAAAAGGUCUGAUCUACACAUGAAGGAUCUAAACUAACUGUGACAUACACACAAUACCCCCAGAAAAGAGCUGGUUACUUGUGAGCCGAUGGUUCUGCAAAGACUUGGUAUCAAAUCUAAAGGUUUGUUUUCCCUCUUUGAUUCAGUGUUAAUGUCAAAUCUCCACCUGCCAGUCGAGCUGUUUCCCUUCAAGCCGGAAUUAGACAUUUUAAAAAGACGACGCAAUGUUCAGGUUUUGUUCACAGUAGACCGCGUACGAGGACGGAUCUGGUUAUUAGCCGGCCAUCACCAAGUCUCACACGAGGGAAAAUGUUUUGUCAUGUCCCGGGAGGCGAGCCCUGAACGAUAGAACACAGUGCAUUGUGUUAAAUGUCGUGCAGUUCUGAUGUACACACUAGAAACUCUGAAUGUCUGUCCGUGUUCUCUCCCCCCCGCUUUCACCUCAUACUUCUGUGGGUUUUCGCUUGGCUCGUGAAGUGACCCCGCCGCAGUACGCACGACAGGAAAACGUCUGAUGCUGUCAAAGGGCUGAUCCGUGCAGCAUCGUGGAUUAGGCUCACACACCAGUUAAGUGAUUCAGGUUACAGAGGUGCAAGACGCUUCAGCUCAGAUAAGAAAGACAAGUAUAGGUGGCUCCAUUUAUUAAUUAAUGAAGCACAUGUCAUUGCGUUUUUAAAUUGUAAGUUGUGUUUUUGGAGGUGGUUAAUAAACCCAUUGACAUAUUUGGUUAGUUAAUGCUCCAUUGAUCAGCCAGGCUCAUGUCAGCACAUGGAACUAUAAUACCACAAUUAAGGAAUAAGAGUGAUAUGGAUUACGGUGUACAUAUGAAAUUACUUUGACUAAAAGCUACAUUUGACAAAGCUGAAAUGCAAUGACUACAAAACCUCAAACUUUCCACUCUAAGUGUAAACACUAGAGUUAGCUUGACAUAUUUCUUCACCUUAUGUUCUUUGUUGAGGUAGAAUAACGCGUUUUUGUUUUCUUGGUUCUGAGCAUCCUCUACUGCCACCUGCUGCUCAUUUUUAGGUCAAACACCAGUUUCAUGCUGCAGAGUUUUGCACUUCCUCGGAUCAAAUCAACACAUUCUCCACUACAGAAAGAAAACGGAGACAUGCAAAUCAAAUGUAGUGAAAAUGUCUUAAUGUCAUUAUAUUUAAAGUAACCGUUAUAUUUGUAGUAUAAAAACGGUUCCUGUAACGAGUGCUGCCGUGCAUUUAUUUCUUGAGCCAAACCAACCAUGAAUUUAAACAUUGCGUAAAUUUUUAUGGCGGAUGUGUUGACGGUUUCUUCCCCUAAAAUUCAAAAAUAAAACUGUAUGAAACGUU